ACGCACUACAUGGUUAGUUUCGGGAAGACCGAAAGAAGCCGGCCUGCGAAAUCCUGUCCUGCCGAAUGACCGUCUCUCUUUCAAACUGACUGCUCUUCACGUGUUGAAAACGUCUUCGAGGUGUUCUGCGAGAUGUAAUAGAAUGCCACUAUUUCGAAAGUCUAUCUGUAUUAAGUGUAGGAAGCAACGAGAGGAGGGGGCAAGCUGAGCGUGCUGCAAGACGUCUCUCCCCCUCGAAAACAGAUAACCACAAACAUCUUCUGCACUGUUAAUCGCGAGCUUCCCUUGCAUCUUUAGCUACCAUGGCGGAUUCUACAGAAGGAGGGGGCUCCGAACAAGAUGAUAUUUCAUUCCUACGGACGGAUGACAAUGUGUGUAUGACAUGUGUGGCCUCCCUAACUCGGGACAGUGUAGAGCGCGUGUGUCUGGCAGCAGAGGGCUUCGGAAACCGCAUGUGCUUUCUGGAGAAUGUCAGCUCAAAGGAUGUUCCACCAGAUACAUCAGUAUGUGUCUUUGUACUGGAGCAAGCCCUUUCUGUCAGAGCACUACAAGAGAUGGUCACUUCUACAUCCCAAGAUUCCACCGCCACUCAGUCUGGACACAGGACAUUAUUAUAUGGCCAUGCUGUACUACUUAAACACCUGCACAGUAACAUGUAUUUGUCCUGUCUGUCCACAAGCUCCUCCAAUGACAAACUGGCCUUUGAUGUGGGUCUUCAGGAGAUGGCUCAUGGGGAGUCAUGCUGGUGGACAAUUCACCCAGCCUCCAAGCAGAGAUCAGAGGGUGAAAAGGUUAGGGUCGGGGAUGACCUCAUCCUUGUCAGUGUGUCCUCCGAGAGGUACCUGCACAUAGGCAGUGGGGCCAGUGUGAUCGCAUCCUUUCAGCAGACCUUGUGGACUGUUGCUCCUGUGUGCUCUGGGGCAAUACGACAGAAGACUUUAGGUUAUGUAUUUGGUGGAGAUGUUUUGAGACUGUUCCAUGGUCACAUGGAUGAAUGUCUGGCCAUGCCACAAGCUGGCAGUGAUAAUGAACACAAUGCUGUAAUGUAUGAGACAGGAGCUGUAUGCAGUCAUGCCAGGUCAUUGUGGAGGAUGGAGCACAUCAGAAUCAAAUGGGCCGGUGGGUUCAUUGGAUGGGGACAUCAGUGUAGAAUACGACAUGUCACCUCGGGCAGGUACCUGGGAGUCGUCAACGAAAACCAAGUGGUCACUGUACAUAGAAACAGAGCUGAUGAAGCCAGCACGGCCUUCUAUCUUCGUCAGUCCAAAGAUGACAAAAAGCAGAGUGAAGGACGUGAGGAUGAGGGAAUGGGAAAGGCUGAUAUCAAAUACGGUGACUCCAUUGCCUUCAUCCAGCACUGUUCUACAGGACUCUGGCUGUCCUACCAGACGUUUGAGACAAAGAAAAGGGGUGUUGGCAAGGUUGAGGAGAAGAAGGCCAUCAUGCUGGUAGAAGGCCACAUGGACGAUGGUUUCACAUUGACCAGGGCACAGGAAGAGGAGUCGCGAUCAGCCGGGGUCAUUCGCAAAUGCCAGUCUUUGUUUCACAGGUUCAACACAGCUCUUGAUGCACUCAAGGAUGAAGGGAUUAGCAGUAAUGCCUGGUCGAGGAUCAGCUUGUCAGAGGUUCUCAAAUGCCUGGAAGAUUUAAUUGAGUACUUUGCUCAACCUGGAGAUGAUGAAGAACAUGAAGAAAAACAAAACAAACUGAAGGCUUUAAGAAACAGACAAGAUUUGUUUCAAGAAGAGGGUAUGAUUGCCUUGAUAUUGGAGACCAUUGACAAGUUCAGCCAUUACAAAAGUCGGCGUCAGUUUGCAUAUUACGCGGGAGAGGACGCUGCUCAGAACUGGGAUGACAUCUCCAGUUAUCUCUAUUUGCUGCUGGCUGCAAUGAUUCGUGGUAACCGUGCUAACUGUGCUCAGUUUGCUCAAUCUUACCGUCUGGAUUGGCUGGUGAAUCGGCUGGAGAGUCAGCAGUCUUCUAAAGGUGUGCUGGAUGUGUUACACUGUGUGCUGAUCGAUUCUCCAGAAGCUCUGAACAUGAUUAAGGAGAAACAUAUUGUCACCAUUAUAUCGCUGAUUGACAAACAUGGCAGGGAUCCUAAGGUGCUUGACGUGCUCAAAUCCCUGUGUGUGGGGAACGACGUAGCUGUGCGACUCAAUCAAAACCUUAUCUGUGAUAACCUCCUUCCUGGCCGUGACCUCCUGCUGCAGACUAAACUGGUUGACCAGGUCACCAGCAUCAGACCCAGUAUAUACGUAGGCCUGAAAGCUGGCUCAGCUAUGUACAAGAAGUGGUACUACGAGGUCAUCGUGGACCAUGUGGAGAAGACGACACACUUACCUCCCUUGUUGCGUGUUGGCUGGGCUAAUACAGGUGGCUUUGUGCCGUACCCUGGUGGAGGGGAGCAGUGGGGGGCUAAUGGUGUUGGUGGAGACCUAUACUCUUACGCCUUUGAUGGCCUCAACCUGUGGACAGGUGGUAAGCCCAAACAGGUGCGACAUGCCAGCCAGAUGCUUCAGAAACAUGACAUCAUUGGCUGUUGUCUGGAUUUGGCCCUAUCUCAGAUCACCUUCAGUCUGAAUGGCAACAAGAUCAGGGGCUUCUUCAAGGACUUCAAUGUGGAUGGCAUGUUCUUCCCUGUCAUCAGCAUGUCUGCCAAAGUCAGCUGUCGCUUUGUCUUGGGUGGAGACCAUGGAAAGCUGAAGUACGGCCCCCCUGAGGGUCACUCUCCCGUCUUUGAGAGUCUGCCCCCGAGGGAGAAGCUGAAGAUAGAGCCGUGUUUUCACCUGGGUGAUGUACAGAAGAGCAUUGUCUGUGGUCCAGCGGGAAAUCUGGAGCGCGUGGUGUUUGUCCCUCAUCCCGUGGACACAGCACAUAUCCAGUUGCCGGCGUACAUUGAGAAUGUUCGGGACAGAUUGGCUGAAAAUAUCCACGAGCUCUGGGCAAUGAACAAAAUAGAGCAAUCCUGGACGUAUGGGGAGAGGAGGGAUGACACGAAAAAGACACACCCUUGUCUCACCACAUUUGAGAGGCUACCUAUGUCUGAGAAGAAAUAUGACAUUACCCUGGCUUAUGAAACUCUGAGGACCCUCUUGGCUCUAGGGUACCACAUAACAAUUGAUGCCAAGAAGCAGUCAAGCAGAUUAAAGACACUGAAACUGGGGAAUCCUUACCUGCAGUCUAAUGGCUACAAACCCACCCCCUUAGACCUGUCAGGGGUCACACUAAAUGAGAAGAUGCAGGAACUGGUGGAUCUCCUGGCUGAGAACACACACAAUGUCUGGGCUAAGGACCGCAUUAAACAGGGCUGGACCUAUGGUCACACAGAGAGCCAAGCCAAUAAAAGAAGCCCACAUUUGGUGCCAUACAGUAAGGUUGAUGCCACCAUCAAGAAAGCCAACAGAGACACGGCCACAGAAACUGUCAAGACCCUUCUGGCCUAUGGUUACAAUCUGGAACCACCGACCAAUGAGACUGGAGAAAGCGCUGUGUCUAGAGAUGCUGCUGAUGUAAAGAACCUGUCCCAGACAUUCAGGGCAGAGCAGACAUAUGCUGUUACAUCAGGCAAAUGGUACUACGAGUUUGAGGUGCUUACACCAGGCUCCAUGAAGAUUGGCUGGGCCACUGUAUCAUGUGACUCAAACCAGGAGCUGGGAUUGGAUGGGACCUCCUACUGCUUUGAUGGCUUCACGGCCCGUAAAUGGCACCAAGGCCCCGACCCAUAUGGUAAGAUGUGGCAGGUGGGAGAUGUGAUUGGCUGUAUGCUGGACCUGCAGGACAGGACUAUCUCCUUUUCCUUGAAUGGAGAGCUCAUGAUGGAUGCCUUGGGUCAGGAAAUUGCUUUUCGAGGGGUGGACACCAGUGAUGGUUAUGUUCCAGCAAUGACACUUGGAGCUCUGCAGCAGGGCAAACUCAAUUUUGGACAGGAUGUCAACUCGCUGAAGCACUUCACAUGUUGUGGCCUACAGGAAGGUUAUGAACCAUUCUGUGUUAACAUGACCCGCCACUUGCCCAUGUGGUACUCUAAGGACCUGCCCCUGUACUCCCCGAUUCUGUCCAACCACCAAAGAAUACAGGUGUCCAGGAUCCCUGGGGGGAGCAAUGUUACCCCAUGCCUGAAAGUCUCCUCCAAAACAUUUGGCACCUUGGAGAAGGUGCGGCUGGAGUUCUUACGUCUGAGUUUACCUGUCAAAUGUCAUGACUACUUCUCUCCAAGGGGAGACAAAGGAACACCAUCCUCAGCCACCAUGUUUGAAAGAAGAAUGAACUUUGAGAAUGCCCGUCGUCAUGGAUACGAUUCCUUUGAUGGGAUGGUGAAUGGCGAUACGUACAGUGACGCUAACAUCAGUGAGGCAUCGUUUGAGGAGAGCACAAGGGCUUACCCAGAUGAUGAGGACUAUUCCCCAAGGGGUAUGGCCAAUGGGGGCCCAGACCUCACCCUCAGGAAAACAAUUCACCGUGGUUACACAGAGGAUGAAUCUAUUGGUGCCCAGGAUCGCAGGAAGACCUUUCGACAGACAUCCAAGGCGGGUCAGGCUCAUCAUUCCUUGGACGACAGGGGUGUUCAACAACUUCUACCUGGCCAGAUCAAACCUGCAGCCAGCGAGUCGCAUCUGGACCACGAGGGCAAAAACACACUGUCAGUGCCUGGCAGGAAGGAGCGAUCGGGAUCUAAGGUAUCCUUGUCAGGACUCAUGGACAAAAUGGCUAGCACAGUCAAAGGUGGCAGCAGUGAGAUGGACAAGACUGGCAAGAGAGGCAAGUCUCCAUUCACAGCCAUCUUCAGGAGGUCUAAGUCCCGCGACCCGUCACCGUCAGGACGCACUCCCAAGACGGAGAAGCGAGGGUCUUUCCGUGUGCCCAGAGAUCAGUCCGGGGCCGGUCGCUCCCAGACCUUACCCCCAAAGAUUGUCUCCAGCGCUGACGGGGAUGUAGGUCCAAGUCUGGAAGCUCCCAAAAGCUUCAUACCUUACGAGUUCCAAGAUGCCAUCGGGGGUCGCCAGAUGCCACGAAACUUCAGCCAGAAUUCCAUGGAUGACCUUGACUUACAGAGUGACGAGGAGCUGAAUGAGUUAAAUGCCUUAGCUCAGGAUGUCCAUGAGUAUCACUACGCUGUGCGGAUCUUCCCGGGGCAGGACCCCUCCCAGGUCCAUGUGGGCUGGGUCACCUCAAGCUUCCACGGUCUCAGCAAAACUUUUGAUCUGAAGAAAAUCCGCCAUGUCAUUGUAUCUACAUUAGACAUGGAUUAUGCCAUAAAACAGAGUGUCAGUCGUAAGGACUGUUACAUGGUGUCUGCAGGUGACCUUCAACAGCGGUACGGUGGUGCUCAAGACAACAUGUCUUCCAAACGUGCAUCUCCAGGCCUUCUGAUUGGCUGCACCAUUGAUGCUGCCUCAGGACUGCUAAGCUUCAGUGUCAAUGGCAAGGAAGUGGCUAAUAAAUUUCAGGUGGAGCCAGGUGUCAGUCUCUUCCCAGCUGUGAUCUGUGAACCAACAAUCAAGGAAAUGUUCCAGUUUGAGCUAGGAAGAACAAAGCACACCUUACCCCUGUCUGCUGCUGUGUUCCGCGGCCCUAAGAGCAUUGUGCCCAGUUGUCCCACCCGCCUGGACGUACAGGUGAUGAAGGAGUCACACUGGGGGCGUGUGCCAGACUCUACCGUCAGGGUUCACAUUCUCAAACUGUCUGACAUCAGAGGCUGGAGUGCCUUCUGUGAGGAGCCAGUGUCAAUGCUUGCUGUGCACAUCCCGGAGGAGAAUCGUUCUCUGGAUAUCCUGGAGCUGAAGGAGUACACAGACCUUCUCACGUUCCAUGCUCGGACGCUGGAUUUGUACCAGGCAGUGUGUUCCCAUGGCAACCAUAAAGUGGCCAAUGUGCUGACAAGUCAUGUAGAUGAGAGACAGCUGAUGCACUGUAUCCGCAGUGAAUAUCUGGCUGGCCCAAUACGCCAUGGUUUCCACAACCUGCUGAUAUCUCUCCACCUGGAAUCACAUGCCCACUCCAGACUGCUGACCCAGAACGAGUUUAUCGUGCCCCUGACAGUACAGACACGCUCUCUAAGCCUGUUCAGACGACCCAGUCCUACGUCAGAUACAUACAAGAUCAAACACAGCAUCCCUGUCAUGGAGAAGAGCGUUUCCAUCAGGCCUGAGCUCAGCAUCGGCAAGGAGGCAGAGCAUAAGGCUAAGGUAGGAUUUAAGGAUCAGCUGGCACCCGUCUUCCCAGUGGCUCAGCUCAAACGUCACGUGAUGAAAUCCCUGACGGAGGCCGUCAGUAAGGGAGCUGCCCACAUCAGGGACCCUAUCGGGGGUAGCAAUGCCAACCUCUUUGUGCCUCUGCUGAAGGUGUGUGAUAAUUUACUAGUAAUGGGAUUGCUGGAUGACGAUGACCUCUACCAUCUCCUCUGCCUCAUUGACCCCACCUCCUUUGAUGAGAAGUACGAUAGACGUCAACCAAAGACUGGACUACUACACAUGGUGUUAGCUGAAGAUGUUAAACUUGAGCUGUGUCAUAUCCUGCAGCAUAUCUGCGACUGUCAGCUCAGACACAGGGUCGAGUCCAUUGUGGCAUUUGCUGAUGACUUUGUUGGAGAGAGCCAAAAUGACCAGCUACGGAGGUAUAUUGAGAUAAAGCAGGCAGAUUUACCGUCGGCCAUCACUGCCAAGAAAACUAGAGAGUUUCGCUGUCCACCUCAUGCACAGAUGAAGGCGUUGCUGGCAUUUAAGGUAGAGGAGGAGGAAGAAGAGAAGCAGUCUCCUUGUCGCGAGGACAUGAAGGAGUCGCUGAGGUGUUUCCACUCAGACCUGCUGCGUCACUGCACCAUUCCCACUAUCCAGGAGCCAGAGAAGACCCAGGAUGUGGUCGCCGAGGAGAAGACUACGUCUGUGUCAGAGAAACUUCUUCAGCUCGUCUGGAAGGUGAAGGAAGACGACAAGAAUGAUUAUCUGGAUGACGUGGAGAAACCAGACUCGCUGCAGACCCUGAUAGGUCGCACCAUGGUGAGGUGGGCCGAGGAGAGCUUCAUACAGAACCAAAAUCUGGUACGAGAGAUGUUCAGCCUGCUCCAUCGACAGUAUGACGGGGUCGGAGAGUUGUUACGUGCCAUGGACAAGGCCUAUGUGAUUAGCAGCGCGAGUAAGGAGGACAUCAAUCAUCUGCUCAAGGCCCUGGGGCACAUACGCUCCCUGCUCUCAGUCCAGGCUGGACCUGAUGAAGAGGAGAUGAUGAAAAACAGUCUCAAAGAGCUGAUGGACAAUAAGGUGUUCUUCCAGCACCCUGAUCUGAUGAGGGCUCUGUGUGUCCACGAGACAGUAAUGCAGCUGAUGGUGAACACCCUUAACAAGGCCCAACAACAACAGUCUGCUGCCAUAGGGGGCGCCACUGAGCUUAGCACCAGUCAGAACAAACCGACUGUGGUGACAGCCGCCUCAGAUAGCCUCAUCGAACCAUCAAAGGACGCUGCAGCGGAGAUGGUGGUGAUGUGUUGUCGGUUCCUGUGUUACUUUUGCCGCACCAGUCGUCAGAACCAGAGAGCCAUGUUUGAUCACCUGAGCUACCUGUUGGACAACAGCAGUAUGCUCCUAGCCCGUCCUUCCCUCCGUGGCUCCUGCCCCCUGGAUGUGGCAUAUUCCUCCCUCAUGGACAACAAUGAGCUGGCCUUAGCUCUGCGAGAGUCUCACCUGGAGAAGAUUGCCAUGUACCUGUCCAGGUGCGGUAUCCAGUCUAAUGCUGAGCUGACAGAAAAAGGCUACCCAGACAUUGGCUGGGAUCCUGUGGAAGGAGAAAGAUAUCUGGACUUCUUUCGCUUCUGUGUCUGGGUCAAUGGUGAGAGUGUAGAGGAGAAUGCUAACCUUGUGGUACGUCUGCUGAUUCGUCGCCCUGAGUGCCUGGGCCCUGCCCUGCGUGGUGAGGGGGGUGGCUUACUGAAGGCCAUGAGGGAUGGCAUCAAGAUGUCAGAGCAGAUCACUGCUGCCAGGGACAGUAACUCUUCACAGUUCCUCACAGCCGUCAAUGAUGAUGAUGAUACGGGGGGACAGUAUCUCUUCCAGAGUAAAUAUGACUUUUCCCUCCUGCCCCCUGAGGAUGAUGAGGAUUACAUUGACAUGGGUGGGGCCAUCCUCAACUUCUACUCCAGUCUGGUCGACCUGCUUGGGCGGUGUGCCCCAGACGCCGAGACCAUCAAGGCUGGGCGCAGCGACUCACUGAGGGCCAGGGCUAUUCUCAGGAGUUUGGUGUCCAUGGAGGACCUGGAGGGAGUUCUAGGCCUGCAGUUCAUCCUUCCCGUGGGACCCCCAGCACCACCUGGGGGAGCCUCUACCAGCAGUAAUGACGAUGGGGGUGGUGCCUUGGGUGGGGGAGGUUUACCCCCAGGGUUACUGCCCAUCCACAAGGCAUCCAUUGUUCUGUUCUUGGAGAGAGUCUAUGGCAUCCCAGAUCAGACGACCUUCUUCCGACUGCUGGAGGAUGGCUUCCUGACUGACCUCCGCGCUGCCACUACACUUGACACGGCGGUUGCCUCAGAGAGUGACAUGGCCUUAGCCUUGAACCGUUACCUGUGUGCCUCGGUCUUGCCCCUGCUCACCACCCACGCUCAUUUCUUCAAUGACGCUGACCAUGUGUCCUCCCUGAUUGACUCCACCCUGAACACCGUCUAUAGGCUGUCCAAAUGCCGCUCACUCACCAAGGGACAGAGGGACAUUGUGUCUGACUACCUGGUGGCCUUUACAAAUCAGCUGCGCCCUCCCUCCAUGACCAGACUGCUGAGGAAGUUAGCAGUGGAUGUCCCGGCCCUGUCAGAGAACGCUGUUGUACCACUGAGGUUGUUGACCCAUUACUUUGAGCGGUGCGGUCGGUACUACAGCAGCGGGGGCUGGGGCACCCUGGGGUCCGCCUCAGAAGAGGAGAAACGCCUUACCAUGAUGCUCUUCAGUGGCAUAUUUGACUCCUUGGCUCAGAGGGCCUAUGAUCCAGAGUUGUUUUCCCGAGCUUUGCCCUGCCUGUCUGCCAUUGGCUGUGCCUUGUCACCUGACUACUCCCUGUCACACCAAGAUGAGAACUGGUACCGCCAGAUGAGUGUGGAUGCUGAUGGAGGUUACAACCCAAUGCCAGUCAACACAUCAAGAGUGGCCUUGGCGGGAGCCCUGGAUCUUGUGGUGAACAAGUUUGCUGAACACUACCAUGACUGCUGGGCUCUCAAGAAGAUUGACCAGGGCUGGGUGUAUAGCAGUGUUUAUGAUGAUGACAAGAAACACCACCCACUGUUGAAACCUUACCAUCUCUUGUCAGAAAAGGACAAGAUGAAGUACACAGAGCCUGUGCGUGAGUCCCUGAAGGCCAUGUUGACCUGGGGCUGGACGCUGGACCAGGACCAGGCAAGGUUCACCUCCAACAGAGACAGUAUGAAGAGGAGGGGCUCAAAGGCACAGUUUGAGCAUGGUUACAGCCCCCGACCUUAUGACCUGCGGAACAUGACGCUGACCAGGGAGACACAGACAUUGGCAGAGAGAAUUGCUGAGAACUCUCAUGACUCCUGGGCUAAGAAGAAGAAGGAUGAGCUGGAUGCUAUUGGUGGGGGUGUACACCCACAACUGGUGCCCUAUGACAUUCUCACUGACAAGGAGAAGAGGAAGGACCGCAGUCAGGCCCAGGAACUCCUCAAGUUCCUACAGUUCAUGGGCUACAGGAUCCACAGUACGGACAUGGAAUUGGGAGGUAUGCGUCGUGACUCUCAUUCCAGACAGAGUAAGGAGUCGGAGGCAGACAGUGGGGUAGGGGUUUCCGCCACAGAGAAGCGCUUCGCCUACAGCUUACUGGAGAAACUACUGGAGUACCUGGACAAAGCCUCUCAGAACAUGAAGCAGAACAAACCGAGCAGUCGCUACAGUCGUCGCGGCAGCUACACAACCGCCACCGAGGAUGUCAAGUUCUUUGGAAAGGUGGUGCUUCCCUUUGUGGAGCGCUACUUCCACGCCCACAGGCUCUACUUCAUCGCCUCCCCCAGCUCUCCCCAGAGCAGCUCAGGAGGUAUGGCAUCUGCCAAAGAGAAGGAAAUGACAGCCAGUUUGUUCUGUAAACUGGCGCAGACACUGAGGUCUAAGAUCACUGCCUUUGGUCAUGAUGUCAACAUCUCUGUGCGAUGUCUACAGGUGCUAGUCCAAGCUGUGGAUGCCAGGUCUGUGGUGAAAAACAGCCCAGAAAUUGUGCGUGCUUCUCUAUUGCCUUUCUUCAACAACGCAGCUGAUGAUUUGAAUCAGGUGGUUGACAACCUGAGCCGUGGGCGGUUCAGCCACAUCAAGGGGACAAUCACAAAAGGAGCCACCAGCCUUAAUAUGGUGCACAUGGUUUUACUUCCUGUCCUCUCCUCCAUGUUUGAUCACCUAGGCAACCAGCACUACGGCAGUGACCUCAUCGUUGGGGAGAUCCAACUGGCCUGUUACAGGAUCCUCAACUCCCUGUAUCUCCUGGGUACAAGCAGUUCUUCUGUCGUACAGAGAGAGACGUUCCAGGCAGAAUUAGCCAGACACCGCCCAGCUCUUGGGGAAUGUGUAGGCUCUUUUGCCACCUGUUUCCCAGUAGCCUUCCUGGAACCCCACCUGAACAAGUACAACAAGCACUCCAUGUUGUUUGGCCUGGAGGGGAAGAUCGCUGACCACUCCUUAGAGGCUCAAGUGGUAAUGGAUCAGCUGGUGGAGAACCUGCCUAACCUGGAGAAGAUCGUGGCUGAGAUAGAGGAGCUGGCCGAGUCUGGGGGGAAGUACCAGGAAGCACCCCAUGUGAUUGAGGUCACACUGCCCAUGCUCUGCAGCUACUUGCCAGUGUGGUGGUCACAAGGGCCAGACAAAGUGCCGUCUGAAAGGGGUCAUCAUACGACGUCCGUAACAGCUCAACUCAUGAACAGUGUCCUUGGCAAUGUCCUCAAACUUAUCCUCAACAACAUUGCCUCUGAAAAUGCUCCAUGGAUGAAACGAAUUGCCACUCGCACCCAGCCAAUCAUCGGUAACUCCACCCCUGACAUGGUGCGUGACCACUUUUUGCCGGUGGCUCAAAAGUUGCGUGACAACGCGAAGACGGUGGAACAGGAGGAGAGGCGGCUGAAUCAGGACCGUAAGAUCAUCUCUGAGGUGGCUGACCAGGAAGCCCGUGUGCAGGAGCGAUUCAGCAUAUUCGUGAGGGACAUCUAUGCCUUCUACCCACUGCUUAUCAAAUAUGUGGAUCUGCACCGCUCUCAUUGGCUGAAACACCCAACGGCUGAGGCAGAGGAACUGUUUAGCUGUGUGGCGAACAUCUUCUUACUCUGGUCCAAAUCUGUGAUAUUUCGUAGAGAAGAACAAAACUUUGUAACACAAAAUGAAAUCGACAAUUUGGCUCUGAUCAUGCCAAGUCAAGCUAAGCGCCUCUCCCCCUCUAAGGUGGAUCAGAAGGGAGGUCAGAAAGGCUCUGCUACAGAUAAGAUGAGGAAAAAGGAGAAGAAGAAGUUAGAGUCUCACAACAGUCUGAACGUGGCCUGUCUGAAGCGACUACUUCCCAUCGGCCUCACGGUGUUUGGCGGGAAAGAACAGGAGCUUGUGCAACAAGCCAAGCAGAAACUCUUCCAGAAAGAAUCAGAUGGGGAUGUGGAGGAAUUCUUACUGCUGAGCCUGGAACAAGGAGAGGACGCGUCUGAGAAAGACGAGAAGGUACAAUGGCAGAAGCUGCUGUACAAGAAAAUUGGGACCACCAAGCUGGAGGGGAUAUCCCAGCUGAACCAAGCCAAGAUCGUAGAGAAGAUCCUGUCCAUGGCUAAAGUCUUACACGGACUACAUCUGGUUGAGCACCCACCUCCAUCUCUGAAGAACGCCUGGAAGAAGGUGAUCUCGACCCAGCGCAAGAGGGCGGUGAUGGCUUGCUUCAGGAUGAUACCACUUCAUGGACUGCCCAGGCACCGAGCUAUCAACUUAUUUUUGAGAUCUUACAAACAACAGUGGCUGAACAUAGACUAUAUGGAAGAGGAGAAAAACACCUUGAUUGAAGAUAUCACACACAACAAAGAAGAAGAAGAGAUGGAAGCCGUAGAGAAGAAGGAGUUGGAAGAGGAGAUAACUCCUGACUCCUUGACUCAGCUGAUCACGGCCCUGAGCCGAGCGGCCACAAAGGAGCAGCAGUCCAGCAUCCCUGAAGAUUUCCUGUAUAUGUCCUACGCUGACAUCAUGAGCAAGAGCUGCAGCGGGGAGGAUGAAGAUGACGAGGAAGAAGGAGGAGAAGAUGCCGGCUCCUCUUUCCAGGAGCAGGAGAUGGAGAAGCAAAAGCUGCUGUUUGAGCAGUCACGGCUGGCUGACCGCGGGGCUGCUGAGAUGGUGCUACUUUAUAUUAGUGCCAGCAGAGGUGUCUCUGGAGAAAUGACAUCUAGCACAAUUGAACUGGGUAUAUCAUUACUCAGGGGAGGUAACCAAGAUGUUCAAAAGAGCAUGUUAAAACACCUGAGGGACAAGAAGGAUGUUGGCUUCUUCACCUCUCUGGCAGGUCUGAUGCAGCAGUGCAGUGUGCUGGACCUGGACGCAUUUGAGCGCUGUAACAAGGCUGAGGGCCUGGGGAUGAGCUCUGAUGCAGGUGCAGGAGAGAAGAACCUCCAUGAUGCUGAGGACACGUGUAAACUGUUUAGGUUCCUACAGCUGCUCUGUGAGGGCCACAACCUAGAGUUCCAGAAUUACCUGAGGACCCAGGCAGGUAACACGACGACGGUCAACAUUAUUAUCUGUACAGUGGAUUACCUGCUCAGAUUACAGGAGUCUAUCAUGGACUUCUACUGGCAUUAUUCUGGUAAAGAUAUCAUCGAUUCUGCGGGUAAAGAUAAUUUCUGUCGAGCAAUCAAAGUGGCCACUCAGGUGUUCAGGACCCUUACUGAGUACAUACAGGGUCCGUGCUCCCUCAACCAGCUGGCCCUGGCACACAGUAGGCUUUGGGAUGCUGUUGGAGGAUUCCUCUACAUCUUUGCCCACAUGCAGAAUAAAUUAUCAAAGGAUGCUGAUCAACUGGAACUCCUCCGAGAAUUCAUGAAACUGCAGAAGGAAAUGAUGAUCAUGUUGCUGUCCAUGUUGGAAGGCAAUGUGAUGAAUGGGCCAAUCGGAAAGCAGAUGGUGGAUACUUUGGUCGAGUCAUCGGCCAAUGUGGAGAUGAUUCUGAAAUUCUUCGACAUUUUCUUGAAGAUGAAAGACCUGACCACUUCUGAAGCUUUCCUGGAGUUUGAUACUAAUAAAGAUGGGUGGAUUUCGUGCAAAGAAUUCCGCAGGGCCAUGGAAGCUCAAAAAGUUUAUUCGGAUGAGGAGAUAGAUUACGUGAUGAUGUGUGUGGAUGCUAACCAGGACGGCAAAGUGGACUUCCAGGAGUUUACAGACCGAUUCCACAACCCAGCCAAGGAUAUCGGCUUCACCAUGUCUGUACUGCUGACCAACCUCUCCGAGCACAUGACCAACGACCCAAGAUUGGAUAAGAUCCUGGAGAAAGCCAAACCCGUCCUGGACUACUUUAACAUGUACCUGGGUCGUAUUGAGAUCCUGGGAAGCAGUAAUAGGAUUGAGCGCGUGUACUUUGAGAUCAAACAGUCUCAUAUUGACCAAUGGGAAAAGCCACAGAUCAAGGAAUCUAAACGCUCGUUCCUCCACAGUGUGGUCAAUGAAGGGGGUGACAAGGAGAAGCUGGAGAGCUUUGUCAAUUUCUGCGAGGACACCAUUUUCGAGAUGCAGCAUGCCACAAGCAUCAGUGCUGAGGAACAGAGGCUAGCAGCUCUGAAGGCCGGCCAGGGUGAAGAUGUUGGUGUCCUGGAGCCUGUCAGGAUGAUGUUCCGGUUUAUCCGUGAUGGACUCGGUACAAUCCUCUCACUCUUCACCUGGAGUAACAUAAAGACAGGCUACAAAACCUUCAAGUCCAUGACGUACUUCCAACUGCUGGUGGCCUUCCUCAAAAUGAACAUUCGUCUCACUUUGCUGCUCCUUACCUUCCUCUUCCAUGUUGCCUGGACACUGUGUAAGUUUCUGGCUAACAUGAUGAUGGGGGAGAAGCCAUCAGAUGACCCAGUCCAGGAUAAGAAGGGUCCCCCUGCCCUGACAGCUGGGCCAAUGGUGCUGCACAACACGGGCCACCCAGGUGGGGGGUACGGUGGGGGCCUGCCCUUCUAUGAGCCGGAGAUACAUGUGCAACCCUCCAGUGCAUUCGGCAUUAUCAUUACUAACAAAGAGGAGACAACUCAGUCUGAUGAGUCCGCCCCACCCCCAGGAGACAUGGGCUCAGGAUUACAACCCACCACUGCAAGCAAGGAUGCUAAACCUGCCUCAGCUAAGGCUCCAUCUGUGAAACAAACUCAGUGGUCCUCACAAUCAGGGGAGGCAACUUCGGAUGAGGAGGAGCCCCUGCUAAGGGAAGAGGAAACCCCAGAGACCAGUAGACCACCUCCAAGGAAGCCUUAUUCUGAUGUUCCAGUUGGUUUCAUUGGAGAAUGGGCGUUUGUACCCGGCUCUGACCCAUCAAGUUCAACAUCAGCUCAAGAAGAAGAUGUGCUGGUCGAACCGAGAAGCUUUGACUACGGCAAAUACAUCUUGAGUCUUUUUGCUCGGAAUUUCUACAACUUCAAAUACUUAGGACUGGCCAUAUCCUUUCUGAUCAAUAUCAUCCUGCUGUUCUACAAGGUAUCCAAGGUGACUGGAGAGGGUGUAGAAGGUGGGGCAGGUAAUGACACUUCUGACGAUGACGUGGAAGAGUUUGUGGUGAUAGAGGAGGAUGUGAGUUACUUGGAGCCCAUCAUGCGGACGCUGGCCUUUGUCCACUCACUUGUCUCUCUCUCCAUGCUUGUGGCCUACUAUUGCCUCAAAGUCCCACUGGUUAUAUUCAAGCGUGAGAAGGAAAUUGCCCGAAUGCUGGAGUUUGAGGGACUGUGGAUUGCUGAACAGCCGAGUGAAGAUGACAUCAAAUGUCACUGGGACAAGCUCGUCAUCAGCACUGUAUCCUUCCCACAAUCUUACUGGGACAAAUUUGUUAAGAAAAAAGUGAGGAACAAGUACUCAGAGCAGUAUGAUUACGAGUCUAUCAGUAAUCUCCUGGGAAUGGAUAAGGGAGACUCAAUCACGAUCAGCACAGAGGAACAACAACAGUCCGGCAUCCUCCCGUCCUUUCUAUGCAAUGUUGAUUGGCAGUACCAGAUCUGGAAGUGGGGUGUCAUAUUCACAGAUAAUUCGUUCCUCUACAUUAUGGGCUACUUUAUAUUCUCGGUGUGUGGAAAUUUCAACUAUUUCUUCUUUGCUGCCCAUUUGCUGGAUGUUGCUAUUGGCUUCAAAACCCUGAGAACCAUUUUGCAGUCUGUCACUCACAAUGGAAAACAGCUGGUGUUGACAGUCAUGCUAACCAGUGUGGUGGUCUAUCUUUACACUGUCGUAGCCUUCAACUUCUUCCGUAAAUUCUAUGUCAAGGACGAAGAUGGCAACGUUGAUUACAAGUGUCAUGACAUGUGCUUGUUUGUCUGUUACAGUGUUUUUGUGUAUCACCUGCAUACAGGUGUCAGAGCUGGAGGAGGUAUAGGAGAUGAGAUUGAACCAGCAGAUGGCGAUGCUUACGAAGUACCCAGAAUUCUCUUUGACAUAACAUUUUUCUUUUUCGUUAUUGUCAUCCUGUUGGCUAUUAUUCAGGGUUUGAUCAUUGAUGCCUUUGGAGAGCUGAGAGACCAGCUAGAGCAGGUGAAAGAGGAUAUGGAGUCCAAAUGUUUCAUCUGCGGUAUAGGGAAGGAGUAUUUUGAUAAAGUACCUCAUGGGUUUGAGACUCAUGUUCAGAAUGAGCACAACUUUGCCAAUUACAUGUUUUUCCUGAUGCAUCUCAUCAACAAACCUGAUACAGAGUAUACUGGUCAGGAGUCGUACGUUUGGGAGCUGUACCAGAACAGAAGCUGGGACUUCUUCCCCGUGGGUGACUGCUUUAGGAAACAGUAUGAUGAUGAUGCGGCCAAAGAUCACUGAUCACCCACAUAAUACCUGUACCAGUCCUACAAAAAAUACCAGUCCUACAAAACGGGGAGUACCAUCUGAAGUAAGCCAGACUGUUGGUUUUGACAUAUGAGAUCCCCCUUAUCAAGGAAGGAGUAGAUGAUCUACAUGUAGAUACCAGGGCUUGUACCCUUAUCCAGAAAGUUGAAGAAUGACAUGUGAUAAUAAUAUUCCACUAGCUGAGAUAAUGUUAUUUUAAAACACUAACAGGACAUAUGAAUGUCUAGGAUGAAAUUAUGAACACGUGUUAGCCUUGAUGCGACUGUGAGAGAUUGAGACACCUACAAGGUAGGGUACUCCGGCUUCUCACCCAUUCCCACCUGACAUCUCCAAUGGAGCUGAGGAGAGCAAGGAAUUAACUUACAAACAGGAUCAAAGAUAGAUAGUAUCGUGGCAGAUCUACAGCUGCUGAAGGCAAUACUCAUUGUGGCAAUGUUGGAAAAUCUGGGAAUGGCGCACGAAUCUGAAAGCCAAAGUGAACUGGUUUGGUGAAAGUUGAAGUGAGAUUUUAAUCCUUAUGACAGCACAGUGGUUGAAGACAGCUGUGUUCCAUUUAGCCAUCUGAGGAUUAACCCGGUGCUAUAGUGCACUUCAUAGAGCUCUGUGUGACUUGCAAUGUGGGGAGCCUUUAUAACUCACAGACACAAGGACGUAGUGGCUAGUCCAAACCCCCAUCAGGGUUUUUAAUGUCUGCAGUUUAAUACGGUCUGAAUCUCUUGGAUAUAUAUCUUUCAGGUACUUGAUUUGUGCAAUAAUUUCUUUGUUAUAGCGAGGCAUAAUGUACUUUACAGCAUUGAAAGCAGGCAGUUGUGAGGUUGUAGUCAAACUUUUGUUGACAAUACUACGUUUGUUUUGAUAUUUAGUUGUAUUUUUAUAGAAAACUUUACCUUUGUUCCUCCUGGUGUUUCCAUGCACUGUUUACAUGAUCAGUGUUAGACAUUUUUAUAAGCUGUAUAAAGACAUUUCUCCUGCAAUAUUUUACAUGUAGCUUAGGUGAUAUUUGGUGCUUGGUGUUGUGGCAUAACUGGCAUAUUUGGUGUGCUACAUUGUUACAUGUCUUAGCCUGUAUUUGAAUGUGUGUAUUCAGUGAUUUAAAUUUGGGACUGUUUUAACACAGAGUGCAUUUGACCUUUUUUUUUUUUGUUUUGUUCUAUAAUGUUAAGCAGACGUGCAUAUUGGCAUAUCAGAUUUUGUAAUCUGCAUGUGUAUGCAGUAACUUGAGAUAUAUGUGGACAUUUUGUCUGAGGUCAAACCUCAUGACCUCUAUUAAAUGUGUGGGAUACAGUUUCCAUGGUGAUGGCUGCUACAGUCUUCCAGUUCACUCCCCAUCCUGUUUGUGUCCCUUUUAUUUAGUGUGGCUGUUUUAAAGGGAUGUUUUCACCCAUGGUUCUUAUUUGCCUUCUCCCUGAAAAGGAUAUUCCUGAAAAGCCUUGCAGACAACAUACGGAUUAUUUUUGAGUUGUUGCAAAUAAAAACAUUUUGGGA